UCUGCUCUCUCUCGCUCGGCCGCUAGAUGGGCUAAUCUCGGCGAUCGGAUUAGUUAGUGCGCGCGUUGGUACGCGCAUUACAAUAUGAUUGUGACUGUGCUGUUGUGCGGCUAAGCGGUCUUAUUUUCGGACUGCUCCGGUACUUGAAUCCGAUUCGAUUGUACUUGUGUUGGGUGCUGCGAAGAUCGAUAGCGCGAUAGCAAGUGGUGAUUCUUAAGAUAAAUAAUAAUCGUUGGAAGAGUGUGUUCAAAAUUGUGUGCUAAAGUUUGCUGCAGAGCUUGGUGUCUCACGGUCAAUAUCCAGAGUUUAGCAGGCAGCCAUCGGUGGUUAGUGAGGAGCUCUUUAUUUCACGCUUCUAAGCCUAUUCUAAUCGAGUUCCCGUGCUGUUGCCAAGACUCGUGUUUGUGUGCGCGGAUUACGAAUUCUUUGGGACUGUCUAAGCGGAAUUUCAAGUGCUUCUGUCAAAAUUGAACCUUUUCAAUCCGUGAUGUGCGCUGUGAAGAACUGAAAAACACAUGAUUUGAAUGACAGGCCUGUUUUGACACGACGAACCCCUCCUGCGCUCAACGGUGAGGAUAAUUUAGAACACGUGCUAUCAACUGAAAGAUUCGUCGUGCCGCUGGACUACGGAUUCUGUGCAGUGGAGCAGCAAAAAAUGAUGUCAUUACACUAAACAUCCUAAUUCAGAUCAAAGUCAUAAAUGUAGACCAAAUCGGCACCAUCCAAAGAACAGCACCGCCAGUCGACCAAAGAGCCGAGCAUCGCGCUCAGUGAUAUACACCUACCUUUCUUACUUUUAUAACGUGUGUGCGUGGUGAAACAUCCAUUCAUCCAUCAAUGAUCGAGGGAACGAUGCUCCAGAGCACGCUAGGAUCGGCGCAGCGCUUCAAGAAACGGGAACGCACACAGAACUGGGCCUACGAGGAGAAGCACUUUCUGCUGGAGUUAUGCCGAAAGGAUAUGCACAUCAUCGAAAACAAACGACUGGAUAGUGCGCUUACGUCACUGAAGAACCGGGCGUGGAAAAUCAUCCAUCAGCAGUUUGCGAUCGCCUUCGGUACCGAUAGGAACUGCAACCGGCUGAAGGAACAGUGGCGACGGAUGAAAGCCUGCACGCGUGCCGAGAUGCUUGAUUACCAGCAGCGCAUCCAACGAUACGGCCAGGAGGUGGCAGAUCGCAAAAAGCCCAGUCAGUUCACGUUCGAAAUUUGGGAGUUUAUGCAAGAGGCGAAAAAGGUUUGCAAAAAUGAACUGAUGGAUGACGUCGAUUACUCCAAGAUGAAGCUGUCCCUGGAGGAGAAUCUCCCCCAGGGGGUGUCGAUUAAGGACUGCAGUGAUGAAAAUGACGACGAAAGCUCGUCGAUGUGGGAUAAAAAUUCGCAAAAUUUAUGCGAAGUACAAAUCAAAGAGGAUUCCAUGGAGGAAGGUGAUGACUACGACAAGGGUCGACCGGCCAAAUUCGCACGGCUGGGUGCCCUACCGAGCUCGUCGCCCUACUCGGCAGAAAAUGCGCAUACCAAAUUCAAUGAAUUGCUAGCGAGUAGCUUCGCUAGUCGAUUAAACGAACAUUUAAGCAACAAUAAUAAUAACAGCAAAAGUGUCGACGUCGAUAGCUACAGCCGAACAUUCGGUAGCGAUUCCAAUGUAACCGAUGUACCUGUGAACAUGACCCAAACCGACCUGACCAACACGUUGGAAGCUUUAAGUAUCCUCAAGAACCGCUUCAACCGGCUGAACGAGCUCGGUCAGUGGAAGAACGCAUUCCACGAAGCUCAGAACCUUAGCACCAACAGUAAUAGUCAUAACGACCAUCAGCAUCAGCCGCAUCAGGCCCAUCAGCACCAGCACCAUCAGCAGCAGCAUACGCAUUCGCAGCAGCAGCGGGAACUACAGCAACCCAGUUCCCCAAUUCCGAGCAGUGCUUGCGCCCCCACCACUAGCAACAGUGGCCAGCAGAAUGGGAAACUGACUGAACAGCACGAGCAGAGCGAACACGAAUUGCGGAUGGAAAUAUUAAAAACUGAUCUCGAGACGGCUAAAAUCAAUAAAGAAACCGCAGAAAUUAACCGACAAAUUGCACUUCAAAAGUUAAACAGCCUGAACAGUUGAAAUAAUAAUGGCAGCAAAAGCUCGCAGACGGACGUUCAGUGCUAAUUGUAGUUAUAAUACAAUAAUUUUCCUACCAGCUAGGUAUAUCUAGUAUAGCGCAUAAGUAAAGCAAAUCAAAGCAGGCUACGAGUUUGGUCUGCGUUGCGCCACAUAGUAGGUGCCGAUCAACAUAGCACAAAAGUUACCCUGUCGAGUUAUAGUAGACGGAUCGCAAUAAUAGCGGCUCGGUACGUGUGAAAGCUAAAACCGAAAACUAGGCUUCUUGCACUUUUAAUUUUUGGCUUCGAAAAUUUUAUUUUUUUUCUGUUUCUCCUAGGAAAAAAGGCAUUAUUAUCAUCACUCUCCUCUUCAUUUCUAGAACAAAUUAAUUAAUUUCAAUUCAUACGGCCGAAAGUAUGGGAGAGUAGUUAGGUGUUAUUAGAUUAAAAGCAGGCCCACCAUCACAGGCUCUGCUCAGCACCCAAUGUAAUAUUUAAUUUAAUGUAUCUCACCUCGAAGUAAUAAUAACUAUGAACUUAUAUAAAGGUAUAACUGAAUAAAAGCAAUACUAUGUAA